UCCGUGCUCCGCGCUCCGCCGGACACUUCGUUGUGCAUUUUUGUUGUUUUUUCGUGCUGAGUGUGUUGCGAUUGAGCAGGGAAUUUGGACGACCGAUCGCGCGGAAUCGGUUCCACGGCCCCCAAGACACACGAUCCGAGCCACGAUCACCGACGUCGUGUCGUCUGUGUGUGCCCCCCGAAAAGCGAGUUCGUUCGUUCGGUUUGCGCCCCCAAACUAUACGGAGCUGCAAACGGUGCACCGUGGCCGCAGUGAAAUCAGUGUCUCGACCGCAGUCCCAGUCGACGGAGGUUCCAUUAGCUGCUGCUCAGGCCAAGCAGCCUACAGAGACAGAGAGAGAGAAAGAGUCCGUUCGUCCGUGCCGGGGUACCGUGUGUGUGAUGUGUUAGUUGCGCUUACAGUGCUUAACUUUCUGGACCGCGUGUCCCCGCGAAUCCUCCGUGUUGAGUAGUGUGUCCUGCGAGUGCAAAAAUCGGCCUAGAGAGACAGACUAGAACAUGGUGAAGACUCUGGCCUUAACUGGCAUUCUGGUGGCGCUGCUAGUGGCAUCAGCCACGGCCGAGGUGCGAAUCAAGCGACAGGCGGAAGAGACCACCAAGAAGGAAGAGUCAUUCGAGAAAGAGCUUUGCAAAGACAAAGACGCCGGAGAAUGGUUCCGGUUGGUGGCGGGCGAAGGCGACAACUGCCGUGACGUGAUCCAGUGUACCUCGUCGGGACUGCAAGCAAUCCGCUGUCCCGCGGGGCUGUACUUCGACAUCGAGAAGCAGACGUGCGACUGGAAGGACGCGGUCAAGAACUGCAAAUUCAAGAACAAGGAGCGCAAGGUGAAACCCCUGCUGAUCACCGACGAGCCGCUCUGCCAGGACGGCUUCCUGGCGUGCGGCGACGGCAACUGCAUCGAGCGUGGCCUCUUCUGCAACGGCGAGAAGGACUGCACCGACGGCUCGGACGAGAACUCCUGCGAUAUUGAAAGCGACCCGAACCGUGCGCCACCAUGCGAUCCGACAGUGUGCGUUCUGCCGGACUGUUUCUGCUCGGAGGACGGCACGACGAUCCCGGGUGACCUGCCGGCCAAGGAUGUGCCGAUGAUGAUCACCAUCACGUUCGACGAUGCGAUCAACAACAACAACAUCGACCUGUACAAGGAAAUCUUCAACGGGAAGCGCAAGAACCCGAACGGCUGUGACAUCAAGGCGACGUACUUCGUGUCGCACAAGUACACCAACUACUCGGCCGUCCAGGAGACGCACCGCAAGGGCCACGAGAUUGCGGUCCACUCGAUUACGCACAACGAUGAGGAGCGCUUCUGGUCGAACGCGACCGUGGACGACUGGGCGAAGGAGAUGGCCGGCAUGCGGAUCAUCAUCGAGAAGUACGCCAACAUCACGGACAACUCGGUGGUGGGCGUCCGGGCGCCGUACCUGCGCGUCGGUGGCAACAACCAGUUCACGAUGAUGGAGGAGCAGGCGUUCCUGUACGAUUCGACCAUCACGGCGCCGCUCUCGAAUCCGCCGCUCUGGCCGUACACGAUGUACUUCCGGAUGCCGCACCGCUGCCACGGUAACCUGCAGAGCUGCCCGACCCGCUCGCACGCCGUCUGGGAGAUGGUGAUGAACGAGCUGGACCGCCGGGAGGACCCGACCAACGACGAGUACCUGCCGGGCUGUGCCAUGGUCGACUCGUGCUCCAAUAUCCUGACCGGUGACCAGUUCUACAACUUCCUGAACCACAACUUCGACCGGCACUACGACCAGAACCGGGCCCCGCUCGGGCUCUACUUCCACGCCGCCUGGCUGAAGAACAACCCGGAGUUCCUGGACGCGUUCCUGUACUGGAUCGACGAGGUGCUGUCCAACCACAACGACGUGUACUUCGUCACCAUGACCCAGGUGAUCCAGUGGAUCCAGAACCCUCGGACAGUGUCGGAGGUGAAGAACUUCGAACCGUGGAGGGAGAAGUGCGUCGUCGAUGGCCAGCCCGCCUGCUGGGUUCCUCACUCGUGCAAGCUCACCUCCAAGGAGGUCCCCGGCGAGACGAUCAACCUGCAGACGUGUGUCCGCUGUCCCAACAACUACCCGUGGGUGAACGAUCCGACCGGAGACGGGUUCUUCUAAGGUCGUCCGGGAAGGGGUCGCCCCUUGACCACCCUUUCCUAACCCGCCCUGAUCCCCUAGUUGGGUUGGGCCUGUUGUCCUUCUUCUUCUUCCUCUUCUGUUCUUGUUCUGGUAAACUUUUCCAACCCCUUUCCGGGGUCACUAACUUCGGACCCUCUCUCUCUCCUGUCUUCCGUUCCGGUGAAGGCCACCAUGCCACCCGGAUCCUUCCGGUUCUUCGCGUUCGCGUUUUCCAUCCAUCCAUUACUUCCUUUAGUAGCAGGAGUCCCCCUCUCGGUCUUGUCCACCUUGACAGGAGGGCGCACCCGGCAAGGUGGCCAUUUUAACACACACACACACACACACAUGUGUCUCCGUUCGUUCGGAGCACACAAAAGGCGCUCCAUGGCGUGGCGCGGCGCGUACAUAAAAUGAAUGAAACCGAAUGCGCUGUGGAUAUUACAAUGUAUGUAUUUUUUUGUCGUUUAUAAUUUAAUUUAAUACAAAAUAUGAACACACACACACGGAUGAUGUGUCGGAAAAGUGUCGAAAAAAUACAAAACAACCCAAUUGUUCACACAACCGGUACAGCGAGGGGCUAAGCGGAUUCAGAUCGAUCGAUUCGAAACCGCAGGCUGCGGUCUGCCUUCCCCGAAACGCCCCUCUGCGGGCCACCCCACGAGAUUGACUUUCGAUUGACUUUAGGCAGCCUUUUUUCCCCUUUUUUUCGUUCUUCUGUGUCUCGGCUCUUAAUGUGUAAAUACUGUGGUUAAAUACCCUGACUUAGUUGUGUAAGUGACUUCUGUGCCGUGCACCGCACACGGUCCGGUCUCUUCGGCGCCACCUUUCUAACCCCGCGUCUCGACUUUACCCCGCCAGCCACACCCGCCAGCGGGACUAGCUUCUCCCGUGGCUACGUGGCACCCGUGGCGAGGUUUUGCUGUUGUUGGCCCCCGAGAAUAACAAUGCGAAUAACAGCCGCCGCCGCCAGCACCUGUCCCAUCUCCCAUCUCUCAAAACAAAAGCCCACCCCACGAUCGAUCGACUGACGCAAGCGAGCAGUGGCUAAGAAAAGACAAGAAAUAAAGAUUGU